UGCUCCUCCUCCGUCUCCGGUUCUGGGCGUUGGCACCAGCACCAGCGUUGGGUGAGGGCGGGGUGACACCCUGACAGCACGUUCACUGCUACACUCAAGUGUUCCAUCACCCUCACACCCUGGUUUCACGGCCACUGAUCUGAGAUCUGACCUGUAAAAAUAUACCAUAUCAUCUAAAAACUGGGAUUUGUCCAUUUUUUUAUUUUGUAGAAACCUGGUCAUACGGUAGAUGGUUCUGGUGAAAUACUGGUUUCCUUUGUGAACUGCCCCCUGUGAACACUGGUGUGUGUGUGUUUGCAGCAUUAUGUUGGCCCGCAAAGGUCUCCUGCCGGACGGCUUCCUACUGACCCGACUGGCAGAGGACCAGAACCAGCCGAACCGCUUUCGCUCCAGGACCCAGAGAGCCCGGUUCAUCACCAAGUCCGGGUCCUGUAACGUGGCCCACAAGAACAUCAGAGAGCAGGGUCGGUUCCUGCAGGACGUCUUCACCACCAUGGUGGACCUGAAGUGGCAGCACUCACUCCUCAUCUUCACCUCAGCGUUCCUCUGUUCCUGGAUGCUCUUCGCUAUGAUCUGGUGGCUCCUAGCGUUUGCACAUGGAGACCUGGAACCCCGAGACCCAAACGGAGAACCGGGUCCUGAGCCCUGCGUUACCGCCAUCCACUCCUUCACCUCCGCCUUCCUCUUCUCCAUUGAAGUCCAGGUGACUAUCGGUUUUGGCGGCAGGAUGGUGACGGAGGAAUGUCCGGCAGCCAUCACUGUGCUGAUCAUCCAGAACAUUCUGGGGCUCAUCAUCAACGCCGUGAUGCUCGGCUGCGUCUUCAUGAAGACAGCUCAGGCCAACCGUCGGGCAGAGACGCUCAUCUUCUCCAAGAACGCCGUCAUCGCUCCUCGCAACAGCCGUCCUACGUUCAUGUUCAGGGUUGGAGACCUGAGGAAGAGCAUGAUCAUCUCAGCCACCAUCCAGCUGCAGGUGAUUCGACGGACGCUGACGGCCGAGGGCGAGGUCAUCCCCGUGUGUCAGCUGGACAUACAGGUCGAGAACCCUCUGAGGAGCAACGGCAUCUUCCUGGUGUCUCCUCUGAUCAUCAGCCACACCAUGGAGAGAGGAAGUCCUCUGUACGAGCUCUCCGCCAACUCACUGGCCAACGAGGACCUGGAGAUCCUCGUCAUCCUGGAGGGUGUGGUGGAGACCACAGGGAUCACCAUGCAGGCCCGCACCUCCUACACCCCGGAGGAGAUCCUGUGGGGGAGGCGCUUUGUCUCCAUCAUCACCGAAGAGGACGGUCGCUACUGUGUGGACUACUCCAAGUUCGGAAACACGGUUCCUGUCAGGAUGUCGUCUCUCAGCGCCAAGGAGCUGGACCAGACAAAAGGAGUCCAGCAGGGGUCGUCAGAGAGCCAGCUGCAGGGUUGGGGUUUAGUCCGAGCUGGAAGAGGAGGUUUCCGCAGAGGAGGCCGGACCUGUGAUAGCUCCGCCCCUCAUCCCUGGUACGCCAAAUCAGAUGAAGCGGAAAAGGUGUCGGAGCAGAACGGUCAGAAGAAGACAGUGCAGCUGGAGGUGAUUGGACACCAGACAGACGGACUGGGGGACGACAGCCAGUGACACAGGAAACAAAGACAGACGGUCACGUCACAGGAUGUGACCUCAUGGUGUCCCCCACCCACCCUCGCAAGCUGGAGUCGCUCCCAGAGGUCAUCAAGUGAGUCUAGGACCAGAAUCUCUGAGAAAUCAGAACGAAAACCAGCUCCACCUGGACCAUUCACGAUGACCAGGAGACAGUGACCAGGUCAGUCUGGUCAGUGAACACGUCUGUGGUUUUCUUCGUUGUAUUUAUGAAUCACUGACUUCUAUGGAACAGACAAAUAUUAAAUUAAGUUUUUUAUUCUAUUCAUUCACGUUUGUUUUGUUGACUUAAAAAACAUAUUUUUUAAAACCUCGCAGAUAACAUUGGUAAAAACCAGAGGGAAGACAAACAAAACUGAACUUUCAACUAAAAAGUUUUAUUGUGUCUGGAGCUGAGGUUGGGCUGACAUCACUGCAGCGACAACACGCAGGUCCUUCAAUGCAAACAAUAGCUGUUAAUGCUAACGUUAGGUCUCAGCUAACAAAAUAAACUGAAGCUUAACUUUAAACUUUGAGCUAAUCACAGGGAGCUAAUCACAGGGAGCUAAUCACAGGGAGCUAAUCACGGGGAGUUAAUCAUGGGGAGUUAAUCAAAUGUGAAGUGAUGUAUGACGCCAGUGCUGCUGCAGGUGAACGACGGAACUCAAUGGUGAUAUACUGAUUCUGGGUUUUCUUCAUUUGCCAUAAUUCUGAGAGUCACAACACCUUUAAAUCCAAGACCAAAUAACACUCAGCAG